GCAGCCGGCUCAGCUGUCAAACCGCAUCCACACCAGCUGCCUCACAACACUGCUCCUCCUGUCUAUUUUUCACUUUUAACCGAGUGUGUAUGUUUAUAUUCCUACCUUAAUAACCGUUUACUCGUGGUUACUAACGUGUUAUAGACAGUUACACAGCUGACAGAGCACUUUAUUCACUGUGCUAGCUAGCGUUUUAGCUAGCCGGCUAACGCUCAGCGGUUGACUUGUAGUUUUAACAUCUCGUUUUGAGGAAUAAGCCUCUGAAACAUGGACCAAAGCGGCUCCUCUUACCCGGUGAAGCUGUACAUUUACGACCUGUCCAGAGGCAUGGCCCGUCAGCUGAGUCCUCUCAUGCUAGGAAAACAGCUUGAUGGAAUAUGGCAUACUGCUAUUGUGGUCCAUGGAGAGGAGUUCUUCUAUGGAGGAGAGGGCAUCGCCAGCUGUCCACCUGGUGGCACCCAGCUGGGGGAGCCCAACUCCAUCGUGGACCUGGGAUCCACUGAAGUGACUGAGGACAUCUUCAUGGACUACCUGUCUUCACUGGGAGAGUCUACAUACAGAGGUGACAGGUACCACUUGUUUGAGCACAACUGCAACACCUUCAGCAACGAGGUGGCUCAGUUCCUCACAGGCUCCAAGAUCCCUGCGUACAUCACUGACCUCCCAUCUGAAGUUUUGUCCACGCCAUUCGGUCAAGCUAUCCGUCCCAUUCUGGACUCGAUUGCCAUUUCUCCGCCUGGAGGGAACAACUUCACGGGACAGAGAUAGAUGGGACUGUGCACAAUCAUAUCUUAAUCAAGCGGUCUAACCUCCUCAUGUACAGGGUGGGAUCGGGGUUGGGAAUUAAUCAUGAGCCACCAGCCAGGCUUUGACACCAUCUUGUGGACGCAGCUGAUAAAGUUUCUUGGAGGUCCAUGUCUCCUCUGCAUAUCAUCAGUUUGAGGUGAACCAGCCUGCGUUUGGCUGGUGGACUAACAAAGUUAACUCCCUGCUCUGGGUGGGAUAGAUCAUCUGUAACUCUGGGUUUGUGUUUACAAAGUGGUAGUACUGAUAGUGGAUCAGUGAUAAUCUUCCUGGUUUUCCAUCUGAUUUUUUUCCUUUUAAUUAACAUCUCAGACAAAAACCCUGAUCCUUCCUAGCAGUGACACUUAAUUAUCACUGCAAAGCUUUGUGAAGACACUUCCUAAUCCUUCUGAAGAGGCCCUUCAUGAUAGUAACUUUGUUAGGGAGUUGGUUACAAUGGGAUGACUUGCCCAGAAAUAAACAACGGAUCGACAUGUUUAGACUCAGAUGUGAGAGGAUGAAAGUGACAGCAUAAUUUUUUAGCUACGUAAAAAAAAAAAGAAAAUGGGUUGUGACAUGCCGGUAACUCAUGCUUAAUUUCUGCUCUGAUACUGUGAGCUAUCCAAACCUCAUACCUUACCAGUGCUACACCAGCAAAGCCUGCGUGACCCUGCGAAACCCUGGCCUUAACAUGAUCUCACCGGACCUCAGCCUUGUGUUUUACCCAUUUUUAUUAUUAUCAGACUUGUGGCAGGUCAGGGCUCCUUGGGACAGAGAGCAAAGCUUGAUACCUCACAGGACUAUGAUGAGAUGCCUGUGCCACAGUUGUUUUUCUUCCCCUCCCAUCAUUGCCUCCAUUUCUUCAUGGUCGUUCACUCAGGCUGGCCUAAGAUCCAUACAUGGAAAUUUCCAACGUCCUGUACACCGUGUGCUUUGGGGAUUAGGAGAUUCAGACCUCUCUUUCCUAUCAGGAAUGCUAUUUAUGAAGAUUUUAUCACAAGCUAAAGCUAAAACUGAAUCUACAUUUUUAACUUUUCAUGUCAGUGGUUCUAUGAUGGAUCUCUUAAUCGUUCCCUUUGCAAAUCGUGUUGCAUCGUCUCCUCUCCCAAGGAGCCGAGGAUCAUCUGAAUGUAAACUUGGGGUGUUUUUUUUUUUUUGACUUCUUGAAGUCCCAGAGCUGUCGGGCUCACUGCUGCACAGGGGUGGGUGUGGUUCCUACUUAAUAGUGUUUUAAUCGUUCUGCUUUUAAUCACUCUUCAUUGAAUGGUUUGCAUCUGUGUUCUUUUUUUAUGGUCAUUAUUUUUGACUCACACACUCCAAAGGUAAAGCUACAGCAGAAGGAAAAGAUAAACUGGAAUUUUAACUCAACCUCACUCACUAAAGCCGUUUUACUGACUCUUGUCUGUGUAUCAAGUGUGUCAGAUUGUGCUAAUCCACAGUGUCGUCUUGAGACUGUGCAAGCAUGUAAAGUGCAGAGACGCGUCUCUGUGUAAAUACACACUCAGGAACACCUUACGACCACAAAACCCUGUAUCAUGCUUUAGAAAAUGGUGCACCAAACAACUGCGCAUCUUUGAGUUGCUUCAGCAAUGGUGUCUAGGAGAAUUUGUUCAGUUUUUCUAAAAAGACUGACUUCAUAUCCAGGAACAAUGUCUGGUAAACGUGAAUUGUUAUUGAAGAAUUUGUACUGUUUUAUAAUCACGUGGCAAAGCCAGAUGUAAUAAAUUAUUGUCUAGGCUAUAUGAGGUGUUAUGCCAACCGCUAUUCACUGUCCUCACAUUCAUGUUUUUGUUUUGUGGCCAUUAAUCCUUCGUUAAAGAGAAAAAAAGGCUAAUGGCAUCAGUGUCUCUGUUCACUGUUUGUUCUCAUGUUAAGGCUGGCUUCUUUUUGUGAGUUACCUACUUUAAUAUUUUUUCCCUAAAAUGUUGUAAGUGUCAUCAUAAGAAUAAUUUGUACUCUUACAUAAUCAAUCUUAGUUAUACCGUUUAUUUGACAUUUGUUAUUUGACUCAAGUUGUGGUAUUAAAAUAUCCUUACUUAUUCCUAAA